AUGCUUCCAAUUAGAAAUAAUAUUUUACGUUCUAGAAUGACUUCCAGAUUCUUAUCAUUCAAAACAUAUCCAACACCAAAUCCAAAUGCAUUAAAAUUUGUAUCACCAGAAUGUUCUAUUGUACCCAUUGAAGAUAAGACAUUUGAAUUCACUACAACCUUAGAAGCAGUUCAUUCUCCUUUAGCGUUACGUAUAUUCAAACUUCCAGGUGUUAAAUCGGUUAUGUUAGGACAUGAUUUCCUUACCGUGAAUAAACAAGAUCAUAUUCAUUGGGCUAAUUUAAGACCCGAAGUGGUAGGAUUGCUAGAUUCAUUCUUGACUAGUCAUAAAGAACCAGUAAUUACUAAAGAAUUAUUAGAUAAGGUAAAUGAAGAAGCUUCAGCAGCUGAAGAUAAUGAAGUUGUUGCUAUGAUUAAAGAAUUGAUUGAAACUAGAAUAAGACCAGCUAUUCAGGAUGAUGGAGGAGAUAUCGAAUAUAAAGCAUUUGAUGAAGAAACUGGUACUGUAUUUUUGAAAUUGCAAGGUGCUUGUAAGUCUUGUUCUUUGAGUGAAGAUACUUUAAAGCAUGGUAUUGAAGCAAUGUUGCAGCAUUAUAUUGAUGAAGUCAAUGAGGUUGUUCAGAUACUUGAUCCAGAAGAAGAAAUUGCAUUAAAAGAAUUUGAAAGAUUAGAACAACUGCUAAAAAAGAAUAGAACUGAAUAUUCUGAUGAAGAGCCAGUUCCUGCUUUAUAA